CUUUCCUCCAGCCAAUCAUUGCUGGGACUGCUCCAAACAUUUUGACUGCGACAGAUCUGUGCCCAGGUAGAAGCUGGCUGCCAGAGCAAGUUGGAAGGAACAGAAAGGCUGGAAAGGCAAAAUAAAGAGUACAGGUGCAGCAAUGGCAGUGAAUGACAGUGUUCUGAGCUCCGCUUACCUUGCUGUGGACUAUGUCGAUUCCAUGUUACCAGACAAUCCACUGCAGCAGCCUUUAAAAAACGCCUGGGACUACAUUCUCAAUAAUUAUACCAAGUUUCAGAUUGCCACUUGGGGUUCCCUUAUAGUUCAUGAGUUUGUAUACUUCUUCUUCUGCCUUCCUGGAUUCCUCUUCCAGUUUAUUCCUUUCAUGCAAAAGUAUAAAAUACAACAGGACAAGCCUGAAACCUGGGAAAAACAAUGGAAAUGCUUCAAGAUGCUGCUAUUUAAUCACUUUUUCAUUCAGCUUCCCAUGAUUUGUGGAACCUACCACUUCACAGAAUUCUUCGCCAUUCCUUAUGACUGGGAUACAAUGCCACGAUGGACCUACCUUCUAGCCCAGUGCUUUGGUUGUGCAGUAAUUGAAGAUGCGUGGCACUACUUCUUGCACAGACUGCUUCAUCACAAAAGAAUCUACAAAUACAUCCACAAGGUUCAUCAUGAGUUCACAUCGCCAUUUGGGAUGCAGGCAGAAUAUGCCCACCCUCUCGAAACAAUCAUUCUUGGCACUGGAUUCUUCAUUGGCAUUAUGGUCUUCUGUAACCAUGUGACUCUUCUUUGGGCUUGGGUAACUUUCCGUCUGUUGGAAACCAUCGAUGUACACAGCGGCUACGACAUCCCCAUGAAUCCACUACACCUUGUACCAUUCUAUGCCGGGGCUCGCUUUCAUGAUUUUCAUCAUAUGAACUUCGUUGGGAACUAUGCCUCUACCUUCACUUGGUGGGACAAAAUCUUCAACACAGAUUCCCAGUACAACAGCUACCACCAAAAACUGGAAGAGAAGAAGAUCAAAUAGGAGUACUCAAUUGAACUGCUACAGUUUUUAUUGCACUCAGUAUCAGUGAUUCAGCACUGAUUACUCACAUUCAGAUGAGAGUUCUAUACAACCAUUCAGAUAAAUCAUUCAGGACACUUACCUGGCUCUAGGAGACAAAUUCCUCAACUGUCUGAAAAAAAAAUUAAAAAGUGCACACUUUGCAAUUCUCUUAUGAUGUUCAGCAAUGGUCUGUUGGUAUGACUGAAGUAAAUUUGGCAGAAUUGCUUUAUUCUACUGUAAAUUUGAAACUGUCAGUUAUAUAGGCUAGUAGAUUCAUUUAUUCAUUUAUAUAUUUUCUUACUGUCAUAUUAAACUGAUGUUUUAAUCAUUUUACAAUAAGUGUUUUAGGUAGUACUGCACGCAUUCAACCUGAAUUGUUGGGAUAACCUGGGUGGAAUAAAUUAUCCCUAUGAGACUGGGACUUAAAUCUAAACUGGAAACUAAUUGGCUUCAGCCUAAAUGAUCUGGGCAAUGUUGGUUUACUAUUACUACAACUAAAUGUUCAUUUUAAAACGACAAAUAAACAAAAAACAAGUCAGAUAUACUUGUACACUCUCGUGACUUGUUUCCAUCUGUCUUUUUAAAUGUGUAACUUUGUAAGUACAGUACUGUAAUCCACGCCUAAAAAGACAAACAGUGCCUUUUCAUGAAUAAAAGUAAGCCACCAAUCAAGUCUUGUCUUGAGGUUCGUGGUAGUACAGCAAUAAACAGUGGAAGGAACUUUGUGUAGGUGUUAUAUAGGUUUGUCUGGAUACAUAGGUAAGAUCUAGACUAAUUUGUUAGUAUGGUACCUACAAAUAGGUCUGCCAAGAAAACAAUGCAUUGUACAAGGCAGUGAUUGUGCUAUUGUAGAAGGCCAAGGUGUUUUGUUAAUGGUUUCAAACCCAAUGCUGGGCACUUAACUAUAACUUUAAAAUAUACUGUGUGGGGAAAAUACUGAAUAGAUUUUUUUUUAUUACCACAUUCCACAAGUAAUCCAGAUAUAAUAAUUGUGAGACAUAGAUUACAAGUAGAAAUAGUUGAAAUUCUAUACAAAAACUCUUCUGGGAGACAUGCUUGUCUAUAUAUAUAUAUAUAUAUAUAUAUAUAUAUAUAUAUAUAUAUAUAUAUAUAUAUAUAUAUAUAUAUAUAGAUAUAGAUAUAGAUAUAUAGAUAGAUAGACCGAUAGACCCAGUGUAGCCCAACUGGUGCAGCGUCUCUUUUGGUGGGUAUAUAUUCCAGGGUUGUCUAAAAAAAAAAAAAAACUCAUGAGAAUGUGAUUUAUAUAUAUAAAAGAAAGCAAGUCAACAUUUUUUUGUUUUCAUGGGGAAAGAAUAGUCUUAAAUGCAUACUGCUAAAAAAUAACAUCUCAAUAACAUUGUAAGCACUUGUAUGUACUGUACUGUAUGCUGGACUGCUUACUGUGCUUGCUAGCAAAUGUGGUAUGAAUGUAAUCUGAUUUAUGUUUCACGUUGUAUACAGUCCAUUUACUGUAUCAUUUAUCCUAAUGUAUUAGGAAUAAUGUAUCAUGUAAAAUGGAGAGAAGCAGAAUCAUAAAACGAAUUUCAAAUAACAUUAGGGCCUGUGUGUCCUUUUAUUAGCACUUGCAUGUUGAUUAGUAUAAAAGCUGUUACAUACACUUUCCAUUCUUUUUUGUUAUCACCUUGAAAUAAGUAUCCAUGGCACCUAUGUAAGGGGGGCAUUUACCCUCACAUGUAGACAGCAGGCGUGUUGCAGUCUGUUAUGUACUUUCUGGACAUCUACCUUUGAUUUAUAUAGAGAGAAAGCAGCUGUGCUCUUUUUGUUUUCAAGAUAGACAUUAGGAUGAGUUUCAAAGUGAAAAGCAAAGUUCAGAAAUGUAUAAAGUCUACUAUAAUGAUAUUUCACUUUUAGCUAGAGACAAAGCUCGAUUGAUCUAUUUGAUAGCCCCAGAGAAUUCACAUGCGUUGUUAGUUUAAUAUUUAAAAUAUGAUUA